CACCCCGGCAGCCUCAGCACCAGCGAGUUUCAGGGAGGAAGCACUGGGAUUCUGUGAACUUUCUUCUAAGCAUCCUUUCUCUGAUUCCUCUUUUGAGUAAAAGAAGGGGAGCUGCACGGGGCCACAGGACGGGAAACCGCAGAGGACGCUGACCCGGGAUCCAGGAGGCUCGUCAGAGGAGCGGGGAGGGGAAGAGCCGGGAGGCGAUCGGUUCUCCUGAAGCAGCGAGCGGGGAUUCCAGGAUGAGGGCGGGAGACCCGUGACUGCCGCAGAUCGAUGGCCGUGUUCCAAGGGGGACAGAGGAAUUCUGCCUCUGCCUGCUGAACACGGAGCCCGGCUGGGGGAGGCACUGGUUUGGAGAAGGCGCCAGAGCUCUCCUAGCUGACGCCCCCAUCCUGCACCUCUGGGACACAUGGCUCUUUCCAGCCUCAGCGGCCAGCAGUGGGUGUCACCUGGGGUCCUCCAGUCCCUGGUGAAAGAAGAGCCUCCGUGGGGGAUUCAGUAGACACCAAGGCUGAGACUCAGACUUUCAGGAGGCCCAUGGAGACCCACGGCCCCCUGGGCUCCCUUCCCAAAGCGCCUACCCCAGGACCCCCUUGGACUCAAGCCCACUGGGUCACCAGAAGAAGUGGCCUCUGAGACCUCAAAUGCUGGAGCCCCAGAUGCAGCCCUGGCCUCCUAAUUAGUCUGAGACUUGGCAUAGGACUUAGGGAUUUCCAGACAUGCUAGGACCUUUAAAAGGCACCUUUCAUGUCCUUCACCCACCCUCCUCACCUCUCAAACACAGGACAGAGAGGAGGCACCCAGCAGUCAUGGGUGAGAGGGACACAAAGGACCUGUAGGGGCCCUUCCACGACCUGCUGGCAGCUGGUCCAGCCCCAUCCUCGACUCCUUCCUGUCUCAAGUUUUGAUCAUCUUUUCAGACUCUGGGGAACCUCAGCUGGGUUUCUUUACCCCCUAGGCUCCAAAGGAGACUUCCUGUGGAUCUCGCUUAGGGGGGACUCAGGUGCCCAGAGACUCCGGGGCAGGCUUGAGCACGAUACCACGUGCUCAGAAGCCCCACCUUCCAGGGCUCUGGCCCAUGAAGUAGCUGCCUUUCUGAGCCACUGCCUCUUGAUUCCAUGGACGCAGCCCCAGCCCCGAUGGGCUCCCUUAAGCACCGCUGCUGCCAGUUGCCUAUGAUGGGUGACACCUGGUCCCAGCUGCCCUGGCCUGGGCCUCCCCGCCCAGUAGUGCUGCUGGUCUCCCUCCUUUUGGCAGCCGGGGUGAUGCACUCAGAUGCCGGCACCAGCUGCCCGGUCCUCUGCACAUGCCAUAACCAGGUGGUGGACUGCAGCAGCCAACGGCUUUUCUCGGUGCCCCCAGACCUGCCAAUGGACACACGUAACCUCAGCCUGGCCCACAACCGCAUAGCAGCCCUGCCGCCCGGCUACCUCACGUGCUACGUGGAGCUCUGGGUGCUGGAUUUGCGCAACAACUCCUUGCUGGGGCUGCCCCCGGGCCUCUUCCUCCACGCCAAGCGCCUGGCACACCUGGACCUGAGCUACAACAACCUCAGUCACGUGCCAGCCGACAUGUUCCGAGAAGCCCAUGGCCUCGUGCACAUUGACCUGAGCCACAACCCGUGGCUGCGGAGAGUGCACCCCCAGGCCUUCCAGGGCCUGGUGCAGCUCCGUGACCUGGACCUCAGCUUCGGUGGCCUGGCUUUCCUCAGCCUCGAGGCACUCGAGGGCCUUCCGGGACUGGUGACCCUGCAGAUCGGCGGCAACCCCUGGGUGUGCGGCUGCGCCAUGGAGCCCCUGCUGAAGUGGCUGCGGAACCGGAUCCAGCGCUGCACCGCAGAUUCUCAGAUGGCUGAGUGCCGGGGCCCCCCUGAAGUUGAGGGUGCCCCACUCUUCUCCCUCACUGAGGAGAGCUUCAAGGCCUGCCACCUGACCCUGACCCUGGAUGAUUACCUCUUCAUCGCGUUUGUGGGCUUUGUGGUCUCCAUCGCCUCCGUGGCCACCAACUUCCUCCUAGGCAUCACAGCCAACUGCUGCCACCGCUGGAGCAAGGCCAGCGAAGAGGAAGAGAUAUGAUGUGGAUGCCUGGCAUCCCUCCAUGCUGCCAGCCACUGCCAAUUGCCAACCCCCAGACACCCUCCCUGGAUGCCCACUCUGGCUCCAUGGUGCCCUGGCCACCUCUGUCAUGGCCCCAGCAAGGUCAGGAAACCACCUUUGCGUGAGCACCUGCUGUGGGCCAGGCACUGUGCUAGGAACUGGGAAUGUUAGCGGAAUCCGACCUGGCACCUAUCUGAGCACAUCAUUAUGGAAGCCCAGAGGAGGCAUCAUCAGCCAUGCCUGGAAAAGUCCAAGAGAAUCACAAGAGUAGGGCUGAUUGGUGAGCUGAGUCACCAACAAAUGUCCGCUUUGUCAAGUAGACAGAGAAGGGCGGACAUAAGCAAAUGACAGAGCCCAGAUGUGCACAGCGUAUUGAGAGCAGUGAACAGUCUCUUGUGAACGUAAAUAUACAGAGUAAGAGUGGCGCAGGCCCAAACCUUUCCUACAGACCCCCAAUCUGUCCAUCUGUCAGCCCUUGGCAGUGCCCACCCUUGCUUCCAGAGGGAGAGAAGGUCUCCAUACCAGCCCCCUCAGCCUCCUUCUACAGCAGCUACCAGGUGAGACCACCUGCCAUUGUCUCCCCCCACCAUGCUGCAUCACCAAUUGUAGCCUGCUGGCAAGGUCCCAGGCGGCAAGCUGGGGAUGGACACCUUCAGUGCCCUUUCUCCCACCCCCAUCUGCUGCCUCUCACUGCAUUGGCUUCAGAGGAGGGAAGCAGGAGGCCCAGCAGAGGGGCGGCAAGAGUCCUGGCACCCUGCGACUCCUCCUCAUCUCGUGACUUGGCUGCCACGAUGCUUCUGCCAAGGGAUUGCAGGAGGGAAGCACACUGUGAACUACAGCCCUGCAGCAUGAGAGUACCCAGGGCUGAAGGAGGAGAAGGCCCCACCGUUGGGACUGUAAGAGGACUUGCUCUUUCUUCUAGGCAACUCACCUGUUUAAGCAUAAGGGUGUGAGAGCUGUUAACUUCCAAGCACUUGCCAGUGCCGGGCACUGUGAUAAGCUCUCUCCACAGACAAUUCCCUUUACCGCACACAGCAGUCUUUGAAGGUGAGCACUGUUGUUCCUAUUCUACAGAUGAGGAAAUUAAGGCUCCAAGCGGUUAAAGCCACAGGUUGCUUAAUGAGCAAAAUAAAGCCUGUGCUCUCUCCACUACCCUAUCCUCAUUGGGGAACAUCGUCGUUCCUGCUAAAGUUAUACAAGUUCACUUUCAAGGAGUGCUGAUGAGGCUCCUAAUAAGGGCCAGGAACUCUUCUAGGCACUUUUUAAUCUAUUGAUUCAUUUAUUUCAAUUCUCACAGCAGCACUGCCUGGUGGUUUCUGUUAUUCCCAUUUUACAAAUGAAUGAAUUAUAGAAAGCUGCGAACAUUACCCAAGGUUACCUGGAUAAACUCUACAUGGAAGAUGAUAGGCAGCUCCAUCUGGGGACACUGCAUCCACCCGGUUAGUCAAAAACCCAGUAACUUCAUGUGCCACACCCAGUUGUCAUCAUCACCGUCAUCUUCAUCGUCAUCCGUUCAUGAGCUUCAUCUUAAUCUUCCCUGUGUCUGUUCAGCACUGGACAUUUUGUGAAAUGCUUUUGCAUCAUUCCCCUUGACUUUCCACAACAACCCCGUGUGGGAGGUAAAUGGACAUCAUGACUCCCAUUUACAGAUUAGAAAAUAGAGACUCGGGAGCAGGUGUGACUUGCCUAAGCAGCAGUGUUGGGACUUAACUCCAACUCGUUCUUUUUUCUAAUGUUUUUCCAGGCACCUGGGGAAGAGAAUGCUGGGGCAGCUGGGUAGUAGGGCCCCAGGAUUCAGCAGCCAUGAACGCCCUAGUAGGACAGCUAAAUAAAGGGCAAUGAAACCCAGCUGCUGUACGGGUUUAGACAUGUUCACCAUAGGCAAACUGCAACCUCUGCAACACAGAGGCAGUGCAGAUAACAUCUGCAUAGGAGUCACCUGCCUUGCAACGUGUAACUAAUGCAUUAGAACUGGUGGCCAUGGUGGCCGUCAGGCAAACCGUAAGUUCUUUGGGAAAGGAGAGGAAGCUGUGUUAACCUACUCAAGCCGUGCUGUGUUGUGCUGUAAGCGAUACAAAGGGUGCAGGAAAGCUAUGGGCUGAGAGCUCCUGCAGGAUAGGUGAAGACUUUAAGGUACAGUCCAAGGUGUUGGCAAGGCUGGCCAGGAAGACAAUAAGGACAGGGGCUUUCUACCUUGCCCCAGCUCCACAAGCUUGCAUCAUCCCAUCCUCCUAAGGAAUGAAGGAGAAAAACAUGUCAUUUUCCAGGAAGUCUUCCUUUAUUCAUGCUUCCCUGAGCUAGUUGACCAAAAGAGUGCCCAGAAACUUUGCUAGACCUGGGGUAUGUGAACUUUGUGUCCCCUUUCUCUCACUUAUAACAUCUGGGCCAGAGCCCUGCUCCUGUGACAUCUGGAGCAGAGCUGUACCUGCUUUCUCCUUCCUCUGUGUCCAGGGACUGGCAGACAGGGGCUGCCCUCCACCAGCCAGCAGACAGUUUAAAGUAUCUGGGGAGGAACUUUUAGAAGUAACAGUCCUGACAAAAAUAGUUAAGUCUCCCGUAGAGGGACACCAUAUACAUCUAUGAUAAUCUAGAGACUCUUUGCUGAACUAUAGUUAAUAUAUUUUAGUAUAC